GCUGUUACAUUAAAAAAAAAAAAAAAAAAAAAAACCUAUACUACACUCUUAUUGGCGAUGGCAUGGAGCUUGCUUUGCAAGGGUGUAGUACUUGGGAUUAAGGCUUGCCUUCCACGCUGGUGUCUUGAAGCCGAAAAUCGUUACGGUGAAACUCCAAAGCAAGUUUUCAGCAAGGAACACCAUAAAUUGGCAAAAGAAGUGGAGGAAUGGGGAAAUAAAACUGCAACGUCUUAUAGUCUCGCAUCUGUUUUAAUUGUUACCAUUAUGUUUGCAGCACUCUUUACGGUUCCUGGCGGGAACAGUGACACCGGCACGCCCACAUUAUUGCACAGAAAACUGUUUUCCGGGUUUCUAAUGUGUGAUGCAGUGUCCUUUGUGACUGCAUCAGCAUCAUUGUUGGGAUUCCUGAAUGUACUCACAGCAUACCGAAGUGGAGGACUUUCUUUCAGAGACCUGUUCUUUACCAUGACACUUUCUAUUUACGCACUUAUCAUUUCAACGGUAACCAUGAUCUUGGCCUUCACUUUUACUCUUGUCCUUAUUUCAGAACAGAAGUGGCAGGUACCAGUAGCGAUUAUGGCAUACCUACUUGCACUUUACUUCGAAUGUUUGUUUUUCCGGCGAGUUAGCAGAGUUGUUAACCUUCUUCUCUUGACGCGGGAGCGGAACCGUCUAGAAUCUUUUGAGACAUUGUCUAAUCUUCACUCUUCAGUUUCACUAAGGGUUCGCCGCAGGGGAGCGAGAGAUUGGACUGGACUGCCGUUGCUCAUUUGCCUGCCGCUGGUCACUGACUGCCGGCUGCCGCUGCUCACUGCCACUGGCCCACUGCCGCUGGUUAGUGCUCAGGCAUUUGCUGCUACUCGCUGCUCAGGGAUUUGCUGGAGUUGCUGCUGCUGCUCACUGCACCUUGCUGGAGUUGCUGCCGGCGCCGCUUACUGACUCUUUUUCUCCUUCUCCUCAACUGAGAACAUUAUUUAUGUUAGUCAGAGGAAGCAUGUGGAUUUUGUCACGGGCUCCACAGCCUCACUAAGUACCUGGGAUCCGGAAUGGCAAUUUUUUAAGUUUGAAGAACAGAGUUACCAUAACUGAAGACUUUGACUUCGCAAAGAACGGUUCUCAAUUCUGGUGAAAGACAUCAGCAAUUGGAAGGCGGCUCGGCACGUAAUCUUCUGUCAUUGUUAUUCAGGAGAGAACAUUGGAAGAGCACAGGAAGCUGGUAGAGAGGAUCAUAAAACGAGAAAAGAGGCACCAAAAAAAAGGAUAGAGGCUGCUGGUAUUCUUUACGAAUGUCCAUAAUUGUACGUAUUGCAAACAAUACUAUCUUAAUACGACACUCAAAUUUGGAAAUCAGUACUUAGCAUCUAGCUCCGUGCUCAUGAGUCUGAUGUUUUGCUGCUGCGUAGCAUUCCAAAGAAAGAUAAACUUCGAUGAACAGUAGGCAUUUUGAAAUUAGGUAUGUGUGUGUUAGGUUAAAGCUUGGAAACUGCACUGACGGGGUUGAUUGAAUGU